ACGGACACGAGGCGAUCGGCACGGUUUAAUCUACAAAUAGUAUCUUUUUCUGCAUUAGAGGAGAGCUCUUUUGGAUGAGGAGUUUUUAGUUUUUACCUUUACACACAGUUAGCUUUCUACCGUUGACGUUGUCGGAUUUAGGGGUUUUUCGUGCAUGACGCGUCGGCUUACGGACCUCUCUUUUCAAAUACCACUCACCAUAUCAUAAAGACCAUAAUAAACGCGUAUUUUUUCGUGUCUAAAAAUCCAAUCCGUUAACGAAUAUAAUUUCCGCAUUAAAAAAAAAAAAACGAAAAAUUAAAAAAAUUAAUAAUCAAUCACGGCGGAUAAUCACUAAUAAUGGAAUAAUCUUCUACACACCAUUUGGAUUACCCUACAUAUUAUUGUCUCAACUUAAAAAUGGAUAUUAAUUAUUUAUACACUGCUGUGAAAUACUAUAAAUAAAAUUGUUUAAAAGUUAAAAGUGUAUGCAAAAUAAAAUAAAUAAAAAAAAGGAAUCAAAACAACAGUGAAGUGCAAAACAAAUGAUUAUUUAAUAAAAUAUUAAAUUAAAUACAAAAAAUAAAUACCAAGUUUUAAAAAGAAAGAAAAUAAAAUAUAAAAAAGGAAAAACAACAAAUGUUUAAACAAUAUUUUUGUUCCAUUUUUCAGUUUUAAAACAAAAUCCCAAAAAAAAAAAAAAAAUUAAACAAACAAAAUCUUUCGACAUUAUCUCCUAUACCGCAACCAAAGAAGAACUUUUGUAAAUAUAUAUUUUCAUCAACAAAAGCAAAACAAAACUAUUUUUGUUUAAACAAAUUUAACAAAAAUUAAAACCUAACCCAUCUUUUUGUAAAUAAGAACAAAAUUCAUCUACACCUAUCUACAUACAAAUAGGCAUUUACCUGGGCUUUUUAUGACCUUAUCCAACCUAUAUAAUUAUAUGAAUCUUUUGUAUAGCUAUGAAUAAAACCUCUUAAUUCUAUUCUAACUGUUUAUAAAAAUAUGUGCCCCAUCCCCAAUAAGAAAAAAGAACAAAUCGUCCUUAUUCAACACUUAAGGACAACGUGAUCGUACCAAUAAAACCAUACACAGGUACCAACAAAUCAAAAGUCCAAGUAUCAAACCCAAAAACUUAUCAACAAGCUAAAAUAAAAAAAAAUUAAAAUCUAUUGCAAAUAUAGACACAACAUUAAAAAAGUCAAAAUAUAUUGACAUACUUAAACGUCGAUUGGGUGUGAACAAUGAGGUUUUGCAGAAUGAACGGGCCUAAUGAAUCCGAAGUUGAAAGCCUUCUAAUGAGCCCAUGUUGGGGACAAACACAAAAUGGAAGUCAAGACCAGUACCUGCUAGAUGGGCAUAAGCUUCUUCUAGAGCAUGACCUCGACUCACUGCCAAGUGAAUCAGACCAAAAAGGAUCUCUGGAUGUACUCGAUAACCUGCUUAUGAAUUCAUCUUCCAUUGGAUUGUCUGAUCUAAAACCUUUGCCCCCGUUUACCGGAUAUACGGGUCACCUGUCAAUCAAUGGCAUAUCAGGCCAUCAUUACCAUGCAAUCGCACAACGGUUGCCGGACGAGAGCAAUAAUAAUUACGCUCAAAGUGCUUACCACACGACCACAAAUCAAUCUGCCAGCUCAAACAAUAAUAACGGUUCAUCGGCCGAUCAAAAUAUUGUCUCCUCCUCCACAUGUCUGCCCGAGUCUGUGCUCAGUUCGGACGGAAAUGAUGCCUGCCUCUCCGAUGUUAAACUCUUUGCCGAUAGUCAGUUAGAUAGUAAGCUUUAUUCUGUGGCGGACAGUUGUCUGAUGUCUGAUCAGGGCCCAGACUCUGUUUCGGGUGUUUAUGUUGAUAUGAAUUCUAUCGAUGACAUCGCUGCCAUCAUUGGGUCCGCCAUUGCCGACACAACAGUUCCCAAUCAAUUAGACAAUGACGAUGGCAAUGACACUCGAGACUCAUGGAUGGAUAUUGAUGCGUGGAUAGACGGUAAUUGCAUUCAGCAAGAUGGUAAACUUAUAGUCUCACAACAGGACAGCUUUAGUGAUUUUAUUCAACCCCAUUCACCAGCCAACACAAGUAAUUCAACGUUACAAAGUCUCCUAACGCACGGCUAUAUGCCACUGCUGCACAACCGUCUCCAAAACGGUCCACCUCUCGGUGCCAUCAAGAGUGAAGCACCAAGUUCUACCUCAUACUGCAACGAACUGACGUCUUCAACGUCGACAAGUCCGCCCGGUUCAGUUGUUUCAACAACAGACAACAUGCUUAUCAAUGGCAACAGUCGAUACCUAAACUCAAAUCCUCCUCAAUACUCGUCCAUUUCGAUGUCCAGCAAUUCCAACGCCAUGAAACCGGACGGCAUAUGCAGCCCCGACGUUCUGGGAAACUUCCCACACACAACCACCGUUACACCCAGUACGCCAAAAUCGAAGCGGCCGCGUUCACAAAAAAAGUCAUCGUCCAACAAUCAUCAACAUCAGCAAACGUCUUCAUCGUCCAAUGGCAGUAACAGCGGCAGCGGCAGUCAACAAAUGCAACAGAACUCUAUGUCACCGUCUUCAGUUAAUUUUAAUUCAAAUGACCUGUCGGGUCUGUUAGGAAAAGAAAAGCCCGUCCAUCGGUGUAACAUUUGUAAUCGAGGGUUUUUAAAUAAAAGCAAUAUCAAAGUACACUUGCGGACGCAUACCGGUGAGAAACCAUUCCGCUGUGACGUCUGUGCAAAGGCGUUUCGGCAAAAAGCUCAUUUGCUCAAACAUCAACAGAUACAUAAGAGAAUUGGGCGUGAUUGACACGAUAAAACGUCAUUUUUGUGUUAAUUUUUUUAUUUUGAUUUUGUAAAAAUUAAAACAAAAAUAUAAAUACAAUUUUGUAUACAUUUAAACUUUACAACAAACAAAAAAGCCGAAAGAGACCACUUAACAUACUCAUAUAUAUAUAUAUUAUAUAUAUAUAGACAAGAAUCUUAAUAUACGUACAUAUAUAUAUAGAAAAAUGUAAAGAGAUUUUCUUUCAACUGCCACCACCGCACCGAUACGCCACGCAACGCCACGCCACACGAAAAAUCAUGCGUAGUACGAUAUUAAUUAUGCUCACAUUAUGAUUUCCAUCCUUAUUAUGCAAAUGAAGUUUUCGAUAAUCUUCAAAUGAUUGUGUUUUUGACAUUUUUGACAACUUCAUUGACAUUUUGAGUGAUUUGUGAGCAAUCAAUUGUAUGGCAUGAUAACUUAAUUCGUUGUUGUUGGUUGCUUUUGGUCUCUCUUUAUCAAAGACCGUGAAACAUUGUUUAAAAAAAAUUGACAUAAUAUUUCUGCUAGACGUCUAAUGCAAAUAGCUAAGUAGAUAAGCACUGGUCGAAAAAAUUAGGUAAAGCAAUACUUUUUAAAAUGGUUAACAUGUCCUAAAUUCGAAUAUCGCCUUUAAAUUUGUCUCUCACAUCAUGUUUUAAAAAUAUGCCCCUUUAAAAGUACUAACAGAACAACCAAAACCGGUUUCUUAAGGCUAAGUUUAAGCUUAAAAUAUCUCUUAACAAUAAAUUGUAUCUUUCACUUCUAGAAACAAUUUUAAUCAUUUUGAUAUCUUACCAAGUUUAUGGAAAUUCUCAGUGUCAGUUAUGAGUCUUUGCUGACUGUAUAUAAAGUCUUGAGUAAUCCUUUAAUUUAAUACAUUCCUAGUUUUGAUAAUUUCGAAUCCAUUUUCAACAUCAUACAGUUGUUUAAAAAACAGAUUCGUUAAAAAAAAACUUCGUUAAGCCUAUUUCUUUUUGAAACCCGUUUUAGCAAAAAUGCUUAAGCGUUUCUUUAAGAUUUUUGUAAGACAGGUAAAACCCUUCAACUUAUCAAGAAUGAAUAAUAUAAUAAAUAGUAUAAAUAUUUCAAUUGAAUAUUGAAGACAGGCAUUUUAGAUUGGAAAAACUAUCACUGAUUUAAUUGAAUAAGCCUCAACAAGUCUUGUUUUUCCAACUUUAAAAACUAAUAUCUCAACAACCGGACGUGAUACAUUAAUUUUGAAGUCGGAUUUGUAUUAAUGCCAUUAAAACCCAUUGGAUAAGUGCAAUUUUAUUGUCAGGAAGAAAACCUUGUCGACCAGUGUAAUCAGACCUAUCGCGAGUUCUUUUGUAAUUGGAAACUUUUACGAAUCCCGAAAAAAAACUAUUACCAAAUCGUUCGUUGGGGAAAAUCUUGUACAAUUUUCCAUUGCAAACGGAUUUCGUGAUACGUUUUUUCAAGAUUCGUAAAAUUUUUCGAUUACAAUGGAAUUCGUAAUAUGCUUGUAUGUAUCGCACCCUUAGAAUGAAAGUUACCUAACCCGUAAUUUCUGAUUUUUUUUAUAAACUGACCUUCAAAUUAGGUCCUUACAGACUCUGUGGUAAAAUACAAAACAUGAAUUUGAGUAAGUGGACAGUUAUAGCUAUACCAUUGAAUUCAGUCCGGAAAUUUCUUUGACUGGAUAUUUGACGGUGUUUUCCUUUGAUUAGAAAUGAGAAUUAUAUAGUGAUCGAUAUGAAAUCACACAAAGAAUUUUAUUUGAGAAAAAAAAGUUUAAUUUAGUCUUUAUUUUCCUGAACAGCUGAUACUUUUAUGUAAAAGUGAAAUGAAUCGUUCCAACGAUUUGCUUCUUGACAAAUUUCAGUCAGUAAAAUUUUUUUUGUUGGAUUUCAAUUAGGAAAUUUGUUUCAGUCACAGAAAUUUUUAAUGAUCGCUAUAAACCUGUCGAAAAAAAAUCCAAUGAUUGCUUACAAUGAUGAAAACCAAUAAUAUAUAUAAUUGACCCAUAGGAAAGGGACAGUCACCGGUCACUUUAGUUUAUCACAUUGUUCACCUAUGCAUCUUAUAUGAAACAAACCGAAUCAGUAUUGUAGUAUUGGGUCAAAGAUAAGGUCACUUUCAUUCUAAGUCUCGAGAAAACUUACGAGGAAUAGCAGAAAGGUUUAAUUUUGCUUAAAAAGUAAAUCAGCAAGGAAAACAAAUUCAUUCAUUCAGAAAAUAGCUAGGAAUAUCAAAAAAUAAAGUUAGAAGAAAUUCAAGACAUUAUCAUUUUUCUCUUCAGAAAUGUCAAUUGAUUCAUAUUAGAACUAUGUUUUACCAAUAAUUUGUACAAAAGAUACAAGAGAUCAAAAGCAAUGUAAGAACAACGGAGCGUCCAAUUGUCUUUUUGCAACUGUUGUUCCGUUUUGGUGCAACUGUGCCUCUACAUUCUACUAAAGUUUAUUGCUCUAAUUAAAAAAUAAAAGUACCUCAAUUGCAAGUUCUUUAAUAAUGCGCUGUUUGUAUAGAAAAAUUGUUACUUAGAUAUAAAUACAAAAAACAAAAAUUUCAACUGCAUGUUUUUUAAUACAUCAUUGUAAAAUAAAUAACAAAAGAUUUAAAAAAUAAAAUACAAAAUUUAGAUAAAAUUAAGAAUACUUUUCUGUACAAAAUAGUAAUAUUAUUUAUAAGUUAUAUUUUAUUUUGAUUAAACUCACGAUAUUAAAUAUUGUUUUCGUUUUAAUUAUUUAUUUAUAUUAACAUUGCAUAGAAGUUAAUGGUAUUAUUAAAAAAAAAAAAAACGAUUUAAAAAUAUAUAUAAAAUGAAUUUUGAUUGGCGUUAAAGAUAUUUAAAAUACUUUUUAUUCCAUUAACAUAUAAUGUACUACUGUAUAAAAACAAACAUUACAAAAACACAUUAAUGAACAAAUACAAACUAAGUUGUUAUUUAUUUAAGAUUAUAAUUUAAGUAAGAACA